AUGCCUGCUUUUCUCCCCAGGAUACACGCCAGGGCCAGGGCUGCAGCUCCCACUCUGGGAGGGGGUGUGAAGCCUCGAAAGCCAGGAUAUGGCAACGGAAAUGGGGUGGGGGCCCAGCCAGGUCCCUGCAAUGGGAGGGUCCCUCCACUGCUCCCCAGGCCUUCCACUUCGGGGGUCCCUUCUGAUAAAGGGGGCGGCUGGGGCCCCAAAUCUCAGCCCUCUCCCCCAGGGCAGAACGGCAAGUUCCCAGCACCGACUCCGGCCAUCCAGUGGGGGCUGAAACCUCAGAAAGCAGGAUACCAGCCCCUGAAUGGCUAUGGAGCAGGAACAGCACUGGGCUUUGGUGGUGGCCUCAAGCCUCAGAAAGUCGAUUUUGCUUACUGGAAUGGUCUGGGAGCUGGGAUCUUCCCCGAGGCCCACUCGCAGCCAGAGUUCCCCGGGGCCAAUGGCUUUAGGAAUGGGUAUGGGGAUGAAGCACCAGUGUACCCCAAAGCAGCAGUUCCAGGCUCUGAAGCAAAUGGUCAGGCUGGGGCCCUAAGGGGCUCUUCUUGGCCCUCCGUGCAGCCCUGGGGGCUUGCCUUGAAGCCUGGAUAUGGGACUGGAAGCACAUAUCCAGGGGUCAGGAGCCAGCCAGCGACCUAUGGACAGCUGAGGCCAGAGCUGGGCCCUGGACCCUUCGGCAACCCUGAGGUGAAGAGAGGCAGCAGUGGCCCCCUGGGAAAUGGCUAUGGAGGCCCCUGCCCACUCAGGAAAUGCUGAGCACUGAGACCCUUCCACUGCCCAUCCUGAGUGCCUCUGUACCACAGCCUGGUGUGUUCGGCGAGGACAACCAGACCCUGGGGUUCAGCUUCUGGCAUGGGGUCUCCUG